AUGGCAUCAUUAGUAUCACCGACUCGACACAUCGCCAGGGCUUUUGCGCCCACAACUCGCCUCACGCAGCGACGAUGGGCGCAGGUGCACGACAUCCGCUUUUUGGCCACCCACCAGAAGCCCGACCAGAGAGUCUUUGACAAGUACAAGGCCAAGCUGGAACAAAAGGCAAAGCAGGAAGGACAUGGCGACGUUGACAAGCUCAAGUCGGCCUACAAGGAGAAGAUUGUAGAGCUGCGCCAGCAGGCAAUCGUCCCCGGCGCAAACGCUCCUCUGGACGCUGUCGCAAAUACUCCCAAGACGCCCAACGCCCCUUUCCAACCACCUCCGCCGCCUCAGCCGCAGUCGCAACAAUCACAGGCGAAGAAGCCUUCGCCCUCGGCCGAGGAGAAGGCGGGAAUCAAGACGCUAUCAUCUUUCAUCGACGUCGCAAAGACAAAAGAGCUGCCUCAGAAAGAGAUUGAAUACAUCUGGAGACUGCGCCACGCCAGCUCCCCCAGCUCCUUGUGCGCCGUCGUCCCGACUCCUACCUACCAGCAGAUUGUUGAGACUGCCCGCAAGCACCCGCAAUUCGUCCUUCCUCUACCCAAGGAGGGUCAGGGUGCCGAGAUUCACUUCUUGCAAUGGACCUUCCCUUCGCCCACCACAUGUACUGUGCUUUUCACCGCCCUGGCUGAGUUCAAGCUGAAGGGCGAGUUCGCCCAGCCCCACACAACCAUCACCCACCAUCUGGAUCUGGCCCAUGACAAGGGCCUCGUUCUUCUCGAGGGUACCGUUAUCGAGGACAAGCAGGUCACUGUCGAAGAGGGCAAGUGGUUGUUGAUGUGCCUGCAAAAGUUCUACGGCAAGGCUGCCGAACAGAGCCCUAGAAGAAAGCUCAUGGAGCAAUUCAGUCAAGGAGACAGCAGCUUCAAGAUUGAUGAGCUCUUGGAGGAGGCUGAGAAGUUCUAG